UAAAAAGGGUGUGUGUGCAUUAGAUUAGCUGCAGAGCUUGAUAGACCACUACUUCUCCUAGCAUGUAGGCAUCACAUCUAUGAAAGGCAUAUUAUUCACUGCUGGAACAUUUAUCCAAGCAGUAAAAUAAAUGGUCCAGAUAAUCCAUUGUUUAAGAAGCUUAAAGAUGUAUGGAACUCAAUUGAUCAAAAUUCCAUUGUGUUAAACAAAGUAAAAAUUGAAGAUAUUUCUGAUAGCUGGCUGCAGGUACAGUUCAAAGAAGCCUUAUCUUUUUCUCAAAAUAUUAUCAGAAUGAAAACAAUGAAAAAGGAUGGAUGUAGGUCUGAUUAUCUAGAGUUAGUGGAGUUGACAACAAUGGUUUUAUCUGGUGAUGAACAGUACAGGCUAAGAAAACCUGGGCCUGUACACCAUGCCAGAUUUAUGGCAAAGGGAAUAUACUUUCUGAAAAUGUAUCUCCUUCUAAACAACAUUUCUAGCUUGACAGAUUUUGAGAAGAAAAAAAUAAAUGAUAUGGCAUUCUUCACAGCUGUAUUUUACACUGAGUGGUUUAUAAAGGCUGAAAUUCCGGCUGUCGCUCCAUAUCAGGAUAUGAAAGCUCUUUGGCAGAUGAUGAGAUACUCAAAAAUCAAUCCUGUCCAGGCAAAACCUGUUAUAGAGUCUCUAAAGAGACACACCUGGUACAUAGACCCAAAUAUUUUAGUUAUGUCUCUUGUUGACAAAAAUGUACAAGAACGGAGUGACAUUGCCAAGAAGUUGUACUCAACCCCAAGACCUACAACUUAUGCCAUAGAAAGACAUCAAGUUAAUUUAAAUAUACUGAACUCCCUUAUGUUUAAUGAUGAUACUCCCCCAAGUUUGACCCCGCUUAUAACUGACCAGAGUUGGUUAAUUUUUCAUAUCUUAAACCAUGCAAAUGCUGAAGUACAGUGGCUUAAGACUCCAUCUGAGACAUGGGAUCUAAAUGACUAUUACUUAGAAUUCAAACAAUUUGUGAAUAAUCUUGAAGUAGUAAAUGACUGUAGUGAGAGGGCUAUAAAACUAGUUCAGGUAACUAUUUUAUAUGUUUGGUCCUUAAUGUUUAUGUUAAAAUCUUAAUUUAUUUUACAAGCUCGUUACUUUUAAAUAUUCUUUAAUAGAAGUUGAUCAAUAAAUCGCAUAAUGAGGAUAAAAGACAAAGUACCUUCCUCGUAUCAAACAAAUAUAAGAGUGAAAGAACAAUUUAAAAAAAUGUGAUUAUGUAAAGAAUUCUUUGUUUACAAAAUAAAUUUAUAAACAUGAACUAUGUUUGACAACUAAUUUCUUCAGAAACUAAUCAUAAAUAUGAUUUUAUUAUGUAAAUAUAAAUAUUUUAAUAC